AUGACUGCCUAUACUACCAACACCUCCAUGGAGGUCGACCCUCUCAAACAAGCUGGUCAAUCUCCCUCUUAUAGCAUCGAACCCGAUAACACAGAAUACUAUCACACGCAAGCCCAAGAUCGAGAUGCUGUUCCCCGUAGCAAGCCGAGUGUAGGUCAACGCUUCCACAAGAUCAGCUCCAAGGCUGGCUCGCCGCUCAACAAAGCCGCGAAUUUGAUUGGAGCUGAAGGGUGGUGGCCUACUACUAUGGACAAGGAGUGCGCUAAAGCUGCCCGUGUUCUUCACUCUUUUACCAACCUCAGCUCUUCUACAUCCCCCAACAGCAAGGGGCCUCUUCACCCCACAGGCCUUACUCGCAAAUCGAUGAUCAAGAUCCCUCCUACUGUUCUUCAAAGCGCCGCCGGCCUCGCUAUAUUCAAUGUCAUUCGUGCCGGCGCCUGUCAUGGCUCUCUCUCGGGCGGCUCCGGCGUAGUCAUCUCUCGCCGUGAAGACGGUACCUGGUCUCCUCCCUCAUCAUUCAUUGUGAGCACACUCGGUGCAGGCUUUGUCUUUGGUCUCGAUGUUUACGACUGCGUCUGCGUCCUCAACACCCCCGAGCAAGUCGCUGCCUUCACCAAGCCUCGUGUAUCUCUCGGCGCAGAAGGUUCCAUCGCUGUUGGUCCUGUUGGAACAGGAGCCAGUGUCGACGCUGCCCUCAGCAAGACUGCUGCUCGACCGGUGUGGAGUUAUAUGAAGAGUCGUGGCUUGUGGGCGGGUCUUCAGAUUGAUGGCACUAUUGUCGUUGCCCGAGGCGAUGCCAAUGCCGUAUUCUAUAAUGAGCGCGGUAUCACGGCACAGAAGAUCUUGCUUGGCGAUGUUGCUUGGCCCAUGGGUGCUAAGCCUCUUUUUGAAGUGCUGCAAGCGCUCGAGGGGCGGGCUACCUAUGAUCGCACUGUUGUGCAGGCAGUGGGCGAAUCACCCACCCCUGGCGAUUCCAUCCUAUCUGAGAAGCAGGAGAGAUAUACUGAUGAACCUGAACGUGAGAUUGGUGGCUCCGAAAAGUCGGAGAGAUACAUCGACGAACCUGAAGAGCCCAAGAUCAGUGACUCUGAAAAGUCUGAAAAGCACAGCGAUGAAUAUCCGGCUGAGAAGGGUGAAGAGCCCCCGAUGCUCAUAGUUACGUCUCCUACCACUAUCCAUAGUAUGGAAGACCUUCCCGGGUAUGAGGUUGUGGAGAAGGAGUAG